AUGCAGCCAAAGAAGAUCGAGGCAUACAUUGACAUCGUGUCAGCCUACAGUUAUUAUGCUUUCUCCUAUCUGCGAAAGAACAGUGCGGCGCUGAAGUCCGCCGGCGUUGAGGUUGAGUUCAUUCCUGUGUUUCUCGGCGGCAUCAAUGUCUCCAGUGGGAACAAGCCCCCUUGGACUCUCCCAGCGAAGGCUGCGUAUUCUCGAUAUGAUGGGCAAAGAGCUCAGAAGUAUUUCGGAUUGAAAUUCAAUGUCCCAGGCUUCUUUCCGAUUGUGUCACUCUUGCCGCAAAGAUGCCUUGCGUAUGUGAAAAAGGCGCACCCAGACAAGCUCGAGCCACUUUUUGAUAUCUUCUUCCAAGCUAUGUGGGUUCAUCACCAUGACCUAUCCAAGCCAAACAGCACGAAGACUGCGCUGCUCAAGGUUUUCACCGGGGAGCAAGUGGCAGAAAUCAUGGCAGCUGCGGAGACCGACGAAAUCAAGAAGACUCUCAGUGCGACCACUUUGCGCGUCUCUCAGGACCUUGGUGCGUUCGGUUGUCCCUGGUUCUGGGUACACGAUGGGAAGGGCCAUGCGGAGCCAUUCUUUGGCAGUGACAGGUUUCACUUCAUGUGGGAUUACUUGGAGAUUCCCCACACUGACUUGGAACUCGUCGGCCCUGUCCCCGGCAAGUUGUGA